AUGAUUCACACAUUCCACCCGUACUCCGCCGCCUCCACUGGCAUCUGCAACUUCUCGACCCUUCCUAGCUCCGGAAGAAGUACUCAUGGUGGUACCCUUGAACCAAGAUUCGAACGCGCGACCCUCUGGAACCACAUCUUCGUCAUCUGCAUCAUAGGCCUCUUCCUUGACCCCAUCUACUUCUUCCUCCCCAUCAUCGGCGAAUCCUCUUGCAUGAAAAUCGACACAGGGUUUCAGCAGCUGGAUUAA